CCCGGCCCCGCCGGAGCCGGGGCCGGGGCCAGGCGCUGAGGCGAGGGAGCUGCUGCGGGGCGGCCCCGCGCCAUGGAGCGGUACGAGAAGCUGGGCAAGGUCGGGGAAGGCUCCUACGGCGUCGUCUUCAAGUGCCGCAACAAGGACACCGGCCAGAUCGUGGCCAUUAAGAAGUUCCUGGAGUCCGAGGAGGACCCGGUGAUCAGGAAGAUCGCCCUGCGGGAGAUCCGCAUGCUGAAGCAACUGAAACACCCCAACCUGGUGAACCUGCUGGAAGUGUUCAGGAGGAAGCGGAGGCUGCAUCUGGUCUUCGAAUACUGUGACCACACAGUUCUCCAUGAGCUGGACAAGCACCCCCGGGGGGUACCGGAGCAUCUAGUGAAGAGCAUAACCUGGCAGACCCUCCAAGCUGUGAACUUCUGCCAUAAACACAAUUGCAUCCACCGAGAUGUAAAGCCAGAAAACAUCCUGAUAACAAAGCACUCCAUCAUCAAACUUUGUGACUUUGGAUUUGCUCGCAUACUGACUGGUCCGAGUGACUAUUACACAGACUAUGUGGCUACCAGGUGGUACCGCUCUCCGGAGUUACUUGUGGGAGACACCCAGUAUGGCCCUCCCGUGGACGUGUGGGCGAUAGGCUGUGUCUUUGCAGAGCUGCUCUCCGGGGUCCCCCUGUGGCCUGGCAAGUCUGAUGUCGACCAGCUGUACCUCAUCCGGAGAACCCUGGGGGAUCUUAUUCCCAGGCACCAGCAAGUGUUCAGCACCAACCAGUUCUUCAGCGGGGUGAGAAUUCCUGACCCGGAGAGCAUGGAGCUGUUAGAAAUGAAAUUCCCUGGUAUUUCAUACUCUGCUUUAGCUCUCAUGAAGGGUUGCCUUCGGAUGGACCCUGCCGAGAGGCAGACGUGUGAGCAGCUGCUGCAGCAUCCCUAUUUUGACAGCAUGAGGGAGGCAGCGGAUCUGGGGAAAGAACAUGAAAAAAUGGCUCGGAAACCAGGCCGGCUGACUCGGAAGCACGUGGCAGGGUUACAGUACCUGCCUCAGCUAACCAGUAGUAACGUUCUGCCAGCUUUGGACAGCAAGAAGUACUGCUGCAAAACACAGAAGUCAAACUACCAUUUCCCUAACAUCUAACCGGAUGGCAGGUUACAAACUAUUUAUUCGAAGUUCAAGACAUUCAGAAUUUAUAAAAGGAGGAUACUUGGUGGAAAACUAAAUUAAUACAUGUUAUGACAUACACAAAAGUGGUCAGUAGUGUAUUCUGGGUCACUGAUGGAAGGAACGUGAUGCACAGAGAGAACUCCAAGCUCGUGUUAGUGUUCUGGGUACAAAGGAAAAUAUAUUUGUUUUGCUUUAAUUUGUGAUUGCGUACCAGUUUGUGAUUGUACACUGGUUUGUGAUCAUAUACUGGUUCAGCAUUGCUGAACCCAGUGUUUACAGUGUGAAUUGAAAAACUCUUGCCCGUCCGUCACCUGUAUUUCAGACUUGGCAGAAGAACUGCGACCUCACCAAAUGACUCCGAGUCCCGCUGCGCCCAGACAGCAGUGCUGCUUCGGGCUGGGGCAAGGCCACCGAGCCCGCAAGGAACCGCACACAUAUAUCCAACGUACCUGUUUGUGGAGCCGAGCCUGGUGAGAGACUACUGACUGCUCUGGUUGGUUAUAAACCUGCGGGAACAGCACUGCUUUAAGCGAUGUCUGUUUUGUACUGCAUUUAUAGACCCCAAAGUACCAAAAGUACCGGUAAGGGCUUAGACUUCAUGGAGGGCCCAAGAGGCAGCGUUACCAGGAGAACAUUUUAAUAGUAAAACCUGUUGUUUCUUUAGUCUUUUCAGAGUUUCUCCUGCCUGUUUCUUCCUUGCACUAUGAGGUUGUUUUUACUCGCUGUUUCUGUCACUAGUGAAGUCACUUGCCCUAAUGUUACAGAAAUUGUUUUUAUCAAACAUAAUUCAUGAAUAUAAUUUAUAACAUUGGCCAGACACAGGCAGGAAUCCUACCUAAGCAUGUGUAUUAGAACGAUUCUUGGGUUUUGUGUAAUCUCAGGAUGUAAUAUUGUGUUGAUUUUGAAUAAAAGAAAUGUAGCUUA